UCCUCCUGGUCAAAGAUUGUUAUACUAGUUUACUUGCAUUCGCAAAGCAAAGAUAGGUAGAAGAUGUUUGCCGAUAUACUUCAAAUGGGUAUUUGUUAGCAGGCAGCCGUUUCGCUGUUGGAAAUGGCUGUUAUCCAACAGGGACAUGUCUCUUAUUGGGACUGUACUGGUUGGUAUUCCACAGUAAAAAGAUUUACAAAACAUUAGCUUCCCAGGUGUUCAAUGAAUGGCUUUAAAAGAUGGCAGACAUAGUUGAGUUAUUUAACAGACUUGAAUCAAACCAGCCUGAGGUUGUGGAAGAAGUUAAGAAGACGAUCCACGAUAUCUUCAAUUCGACCAAAGAAUCAUAUAUGGUAAAUGGCUUAUUUGAAUACUAUCUUACCACAAGCUCUGUGAGAUCAGCAGAAAUUCUUGCAGGGGUUCGAGAGCCCCAUGACAAGCAUAUUUUUGACAAGAUAUCAGAAUCAAUGAAGGGGUCAUUAAAAUUACAAGCUCUUACCUUACUUGGUCAUAUUAUCAAGCGUCAUCCAACCUGGAUUUUCAAGAUAACAAAUCAUUCUCUUUUCAAGGAUAUUUUAAAACUUUUGAAGGUGGAGACAGAUAUAUUGCCUCUCAUGAGUGCACUACUGGUGCUAAUUGUACUACUUCCUAUGAUACCUGCACUGCUUGGGCCUUAUCUCCAGGACAUAUUCGAAGUAUUCAGCCGAUUGGCAGCUUGGAACACAAAUAAUCCCAACAAACUUCCUGCAGAACAUUUGUUGCACCUACAAAUUAGCCUGUAUUUCCUCUUCCACCGAUUAUAUGGGAUGUACCCUUGCAAUUUUCUCGGAUACCUACGCAGCCAAUACAGCCAGCGUGAUAAUCUUGUUGUUUUCAGUCAUACGAUCAAGCCUAUGUUAGAUACUGUCAAGAUGCACCCGCUUCUUGUAACGGCAACAAAAGAUGCUGAAACUGCAGCAACCAGGUGGAAAAAUAUGGAAGACCAUGAUGUAAUAAUGGAAUGUGCGAAAUUUGGUAUUGAUCCACAAGAGCGAAACUGGGAUUCAUUGUCAUCAUCUUUCCGUUCUCGUGGUAGUGCAGAACAUGCAGAUAGUACCUUGCUGAAGUCAGCAUUUACUCCUCUGAGUGUUCGGCACCCACCUACAGAAAAUGAGUUCUGGAGUCCAAGUGCUUGCUUUGGAUUAUCCACACCACCACCUCAAGAGUCAGCUCCGGCAUCCAUACCACAAACCCCAAACUCACAGGGCCAUGUUAAUGCUUCUGUGCCUCCCCAUGAAGGGACGUCACCACCUGAGGCUGCGGUAGAGGCAACCCCAGAAACAACACCUGUUAAGGACGUGAGACAUUUGGUUGGUCGAACCCCUCCAGCCAACUCUAAUGUAGUUCGGGCUCUAAAUCCCCAUGGAUCUGCCCGGUGGCAGAGCCUGGCAUCCAAUAACACAACCCCGUCACAGUCGCAGCCUUCAUCUCCGAUGAGGAAAGAAACUUCCCCAUUUCGCUUUCCCUCUGACAUUGUAUCAGAAAAUCGUGAUAUCAUUUCGUCAUCUUAUGAACACCGAAAUACCAUAUUUUCUCAAAAAUUAAUUAGCAGAAUCCACCAGGAGAGGAUGCAGGCAGCAACUGAGACUGUACAAAGAGAAAGCCAAGCCCCUGUCAGGGCAAGGAGUCCACUGAGUGGUCGAACCAGUCCAAGUCAGAGGAAUGGAUUUAAAUUCGAUCAGGAUGCUAGCCAGGAAGACCAAGAGGUGUUGGAAAUUGUGCGCCUUGGAGAAAGUCUCACUAUUGGUACACAGCCAAAAGUCAUGGAGCGAGAAUGUGACAGUGUUUUGGAAGAUGUGGUUUCAUCUGGCGGACAUGUUGGAGAGUAUGAAGAGUGUGGGCAAGAAGGAGGAGCAGAGUGUGCAGCGGGUGGACUGCACAUGCCGAGCAGUCGAUCAAUGCUGGAAAUGGUGCGACGCAUCCAGCAGCAGAGGCACCAUCGCCACCGUUUCUACAGUCAGUCUGUAGUGUCUGAUGGAAUUGUUGACAGUGUUGGGGGCAUUAGUGCAUUAACUGCCGACGGGGAAGUACAAGUACGCCGUGCAAACUCAUGCCCCGAAAUGGAAAAGGGUCCUCUCGGAUCUGGGUCGUCUGUAGGGGAUGCACCAGAUGAGCGCGAUGAACUUGCGGAGGAAGAAGGGUUUGGUUCUGUUGAGAGGUCUGUGUCCAUUGGCACACAGACUAUAGACCGUUGGGCACCUUUGCCGUAUGAACAUCUUUUCUGUGGUGUUAUGGACUCACAUGAGAAGGAAGAAUCUACUGAUGUAUCAGCCACAGUACCAACUUCUGCCUCAUUACAUAAUUCAGAUCCUGCAGCCUCUUCAUUACGCUCUUGUCGACAAGUACAUAGAAUGCUUACAGUUGCAGCGAGGAAGCCAGUAAAGUCUGUUCUGGAAUAUGAACUGAAAACGGUGAAGGAGCAGCUGGCACUUCUCAACAUACAGCUACAUUUUGAAAGACACAGAAGAGAGAUUCACGCAGAAAGAAAUAGAAGAUUACUAGGAAAAUCAAGAACUAACAGGGCACUAGAAGAAUAUAAUAUUGCACUGAAAGAGCAGCUAUCACUCCUGCAGAAGGACAAAGAAAAUUUGCGUAAUGAGCUUCAAAGUGCGAAGGGUGAAGCAAGUGACAGAGAGCACGCAUUACAAGAAGCUGUAAAUCAUUGGCAGACAAAGUAUAAUGCUGUACAAAAAGAAAUCAAAACACUAAAGACUGAAAAUGGUUUAUUACAAGAAGAACUGAAACAGUCACGGGAACAAAAUGCUGUAGUAGUGAAGGAGCGAGAAGCGGCAGAGGCAUGCCUGUUGUCGGUGCAGCAAGAAAUGGAACAGGUUGCUCAUGAAGCUAGUGUCGGCACAGUGCUGCGAGUGGAAUUGGAGCGAGCCCAGAGUGAGCUAGCCCUGAUGGGGGAGCUCCAGCUUAAGUACCGGCAGGCGGCUGCAUCUCUUCCCCUAGUUCCAGCUGAAGAUGCCAGCAAGCUUGCCUAUAACUCAUAUGCCCAGGAAAUCUGUGAUGUUCGUGAGCUUUUGGAACAAAAGUCAGCUGCACUGGAAGCAGCCCGUGCUCGACUAGUGGAGCUGGAGACCCAUUUGACUAAGAGGGAGCAACUCCUUACUGAGCAAAAACGUAUGCUGAAGCAGGUCCAGGAAGAAUGUGUGAGCCAGCUCUCGGCAGUAGAGAGCAAAUACCAGUCACAGCGUGCCAUUAAUCAGAAACUGGAGGAAUUGGUGCUUCGGUUACAGCAUAGAGUGUGUGAGCUGCAGGCUCCUCCUGGAGGUGGUUGUCGUAUCACUGCAUCACCAGUUGAACCUAGCUCACUGUCACCAUUGGCUGAGUCAUUAGGAUCUCCUGCACCCCAUUCUCUCUCUGCCAUGAUGGCAGCAGAAGCUCUGGAAGUAAAAAACUUGCAGCUUAUUGUCCACGAUCAUGAGAAGUGCCCAGAUGAUCAUCAUCCUCAGGAAAAUAAGGACAGUGCUGAAGAUGGCUGACAGUUUGUGAUGGGUUGCAACUUCUGUUAAUGCAGUUUGUCAAAUCCAACAAGAAGUUUCUUACUUAAGUCUCAGAUAGGUAGCUAGGGAGUCUCUCUGCCUGUAACAAUUGUGAUAUUUAGUUUUUUGUCUGCUGGCAUCCCCAGACAUACACAAACAGUUUGCAUUCCCUACAGGAGGGUAGCCAUAACAAGGAAACAUGCUAAGAGAAUGUGCGGAAUAGACUGAAAAACAGUGUUUUUCUCAUUCAUUGUUCUACUGUGUCAUUACCACUCUAUCAGUGGAGUUUGUUGCUUUGUUGAUGUAACACACACUUCUUGUAUGUUUACCAAAUUAUCACAACUGUUCACUGUUUGCAAUUGUUUCGUUUAUAAAAUGACAGUGAAUUUAAAUGAAUGAAAUACGAGAAAUCGGUGUGUGUGUCUCAUCAGUAUCAACGUAGUACACAAAUUUCACCAAUGAAUAAAACUUUUUCAGUCCUGAACCACUUAAGAUAUCUGUUGUGCUGCUUCUGGCUUUGAGUGAGUUUGGUAAUACUCAUUGUAAUGUACCAUUAAACUGCGCCAUUUCUUUUGGCGAGUAUUUCGUAGCAGCAGGAACGCUCUUAUUCUGCUGAGUAUAUUUCAUUAUUUCUGAUGUGAAAAACCAGACAUCUUAAUCGAGAUGUAGAUUUAUGAAUUCAGAAUACUUGUUAUUGUGAUGUAAGAUAUAUUGUGUUUGGAGCUUGUACAAUUUUACAAUAAAAUGUUAAUAAUGAAA